AUCCCGGUCAGAGAAACAUCCUGUUCUGCAGCCUCGACCUCCACAUUCCAGACGCAGGAGAGCCGCGCACGUAUGAGCCGAGCGGGGCUGCGUUCGGACUGAAGGCUGGUGGUGGGGGAGCAGGACGCAGCAGCUCUUUGGUGAUGUUUACAGGGAAGGACAAGCUCCUCCCCGACGCAUCAGCCGCGGUGUCAGGCUGACCGCGGCGCUCGUGGAUGAGGCGCGUCUCCGCGCUGCUCCGCCGCGGUCCUUUGUGUGGAGUGAAGCUGACAUUUCCGAGGUUGUCGUUUCUCGGUGGAGGGAGGGUCUUCGUCCCAGAUGAACGCCGUGUUUCCAGCGAUUGUAGAGGCUGAGCACCAACAAAGCGCGCAGACCUCUGGCGAAAUGUCAAGGAUGCGGAGAGGGACUCUGGUCACGAGGGAAACUGUGAGAACAAGAAUCUCUGCUUUCCUCGGAGUCAUGUCCUUUCUGUAGGUGAGGAAGAGUGGGGGCGCGUGACACAGGUCGUGGAUCGCUUUGACUUGACCCCGGACCGCCUGCGUGCGCGCAGCCCCUCCGGCCUGAGCGCGCGUCCGGACGCCGCCGCUGUGGACACUUUGGAUGCCAAAGCCGCGCGGAGGACAAACUCCCAUAAGUGACGGGAUAAGGGGGCUCUUCAGUGAGGGGGACCCCCCGCCUGGAGCCCCGCGGCUCCUCGUCAGCCAAAGCGAUGGAUGACUCGGGGAUUAUCAGGCGGCGGAGGCUGCAGGAUUUGCCUUUGCCUCGCAAAAACAGCAGUUGCCGCACAAGCAACAGGAAGAGUCUGAUUCUGACGACCACGUCUCCAACGCUGCCACGCCCACACUCCCCCCUGCCCCUCCCUGGACAUCUGGGAAGCAGCCCCCUGGACAGCCCACGAAAUUUCUCCCCCAACAAUCCAGCACACUUCUCGUUUGCCUCCUCUAGAAGAGCGGAUGGGAGGAGAUGGUCUUUAGCAUCUUUACCUUCCUCUGGUUAUGGCACCAACACACCCAGCUCAACGUCCUCCAGCUCCUCUCAGGAGCGGCUCCACCAGCUGCCCUUCCAGCCCACCAUGGAUGAGCUCCACUUCUUAUCCAAGCACUUCGGCAGCACAGAGAGCAUCACUGAUGACGACGGGGGCCGCUGCUCGCCCCACAUGCGCCCACGCUCCCGCAGUCUCAGCAGCCCCGGACGCUCGUCCUCCUGCUACGACAACGAGAUCGUCAUGAUGAACCACGUCUACAAAGAGCGCUUCCCAAAGGCCACAGCACAGAUGGAGGAGAGGCUGGCCGAGUUCAUUCAGGCCUUCUCUCCGGAGAGCGUCCUCCCGCUGGCCGAUGGCGUCCUCAGCUUCAUCCACCACCAGAUAGCUGAGCUGGCCAGGGAUUGCUUGACCAAAUCCCGCGAGGGCCUCAUCACCUCAGUCUACUUCUUUGAGCUGCAGGAGAACCUGGAGAAGCUGCUUCAGGAUGCUUUCGAGCGCUCCGAGAGCUCUGAGGUCGCCUUCGUCACAGAGUUGGUGAAAAAGCUUCUCAUCAUCAUCGCCCGCCCUGCGAGGCUGCUGGAGUGUCUGGAGUUUAAUCCUGAGGAGUUUUAUCAUCUGCUGGAGGCAGCGGAGGACCAUGCCAAAGAGGGCCAUCUGGUGAAAACUGAUAUUCCUCGUUACAUCAUCAGCCAGCUGGGACUGACCAGAGACCCGAUUGAAGACAUGGUGAACUUGGACAGUUAUGACAGCGAGGGACCGGUUACUCCAGAAACAGAUGAUUCCAUGGAGGGGAAGACCAAAGCAAUGAAGCCACCAGGAGAAGCAGAUUUCCAGACCAUCAAACUGAUCAGUAACGGAGCGUACGGUGCCGUUUACUUGGUGCGCCAUUUGGAGACACGGCAGCGUUUCGCCAUGAAGAAAAUCAACAAGCAAAACCUGAUUCUGAGGAACCAGAUCCAGCAGGCCUUUGUGGAAAGAGACAUCCUGACCUUCGCUGAGAAUCCCUUUGUGGUCUCCAUGUUCUGCUCGUUUGAAACACGGCGGCACCUCUGCAUGGUCAUGGAGUAUGUGGAAGGAGGGGACUGUGCCACUCUGCUGAAAAACAUCGGCGCUCUGCCCGUGGAAAUGGCGCGCAUGUACUUCGCAGAGACCGUCCUCGCACUGGAGUACCUGCACAACUACGGUAUCGUACACCGAGACCUGAAGCCCGACAACCUCCUGAUCACCUCGAUUGGACACAUCAAGCUGACUGACUUUGGCCUGUCCAAAAUGGGUCUGAUGAGCCUGACCACCAACCUGUAUGAAGGACACAUCGAAAAAGACACGCGGGAGUUCCUGGACAAACAGGUGUGUGGAACCCCGGAGUACAUCGCCCCAGAGGUGAUUCUCCGUCAGGGUUACGGGAAGCCGGUGGACUGGUGGGCUAUGGGUAUCAUCCUGUAUGAAUUCCUGGUGGGCUGUGUCCCGUUCUUUGGAGAUACUCCAGAGGAGCUCUUUGGACAAGUCAUCACUGAUGACAUAGAGUGGCCUGAUGGGGAUGAUGCUCUUCCUGUUGACGCCCAACACCUGAUAUCAUCACUCCUGCAGAGAAAUCCACUGGUACGACUGGGAACAGGCGGCACUUUUGAGGUGAAGCAGCACUCUUUCUUCACAGAGGUGGACUGGAACAGCCUGCUGAGGCAGAAAGCAGAGUUUGUUCCUCACUUAGAGUCAGAGGAAGACACCAGUUACUUUGACACCCGUUCUGAGCGCUACCACCACGUGCAGGCAUACGAAGAAGACGACACCAAUGACGAUGAACCGGUGGAAAUCCAUCGCUUCUCAUCCUGCUCCCCUCGUUUCAGCAAGGUUUACAGCAGCAUGGAGCACCUGUCCCAGCUGGAGCACAAACCCCCCUCUGUCACUCUUCGGGAGCACAAGACCCCGAGGGAGGAUCGGGUGGCAAAAAGAGAAAGCCUGGGGAGCGUCACCCUCAGAGAUAAGAGCUGGAGGACGGGUUCUCCUGAGAUGAAGCGCUUGUCCUGCUCGGAGACCUUCUUCACCGAUAGUGACUCCAGCCCCGCAUCAGGCGCUCGAAGGCGUUUCUCAGCCCUGAUGGACAUGCAGCGCUUGGCCUCACCUCUGGAGCUGGACUUUGAGCCACCAGGGAAGCACACGCCUGUAAAGACUAGAGGAGCUUCCCUGGAAGGAGCUAUGGGAUUCGUCUCCCCUCAUGGAGAUCUGAGAGCAUUCCUCAAAGAAGUGAGCGGCGUCGCUGCAGGAGACAAACUUUUGAGACCUGCUGAUUCUGUAGGAGCUGCUGCUAGUUUGGGGCCUCCUGAUCCACAGGGGUCGCGCGGGGCCACCACGGACCUGGUUCUGCGCAGGGCCCGACAUCAGCAGCUUUCGGUUGAAGGAGAGAAACCUAACUCCCGUCCAGGAACCAAAGUUAUCAAGUCCGCCUCUGCUACUGCGCUGUCUGUCAUGAUUCCAGCAGUGGAGCAACAUGGUGCCUCCCCGCUGCCCAGCCCCAUGUCUCCUCGCUCCCUCUCGUCCAACCCUUCCUCUCGAGACUCCUCCCCCAGCCGAGACUGCUGCCCAAUGGUCAACGUGCUGCACUCUCCCAUCACCAUCCACCGCUCUGGAAAGAAAUAUGGCUUCACUCUGAGAGCGAUCAGAGUCUACAUGGGGGACAGUGACGUCUACAGCGUCCAUCACAUGGUUUGGCAUGUGGAGGAUGGGGGUCCAGCCCAGGAGGCGGGACUAAGAGCCGGGGACCUCAUCACUCAUGUAAACGGAGAGUCAGUUCACGGUCUGGUUCAUACGGAGGUGGUGGAGCUUAUCCUGAAGAGUGGAACUAAAGUAACAGUCACAACAACUCCUUUUGAGAACACCUCAAUAAAAGUUGGUCCUGCACGCAAGUCAAGCUACAAGUCUAAGAUGGCACGGCGCAGCAAGAAGGCCGGAGUCAAGGAGGGACAGGAUAAAAAGCGCAGCUCCCUGUUCAGAAAAAUCACAAAGCAAUCCAACCUCCUCCACACCAGCCGCAGCCUCUCCUCUUUGAACCGCUCUCUGUCCUCCGGAGACAGUCUCCCAGGAUCCCCCACCCACAGCCUCUCCGCCCGCUCGCCCACUCAGAGUUACCGCUCCACUCUGGAAACAUCUCACUUGGGCAAUUCAUCUCAGAGCAGCUCCCCAGCAUCUAGCACCCCCAACUCCCCAGCAGCGUCCCACCACAUGAGGCCCAGCUCUCUGCACGGCCUGUCUCCCAAACUCCACCGACAGUACCGCUCCGCACGCUGCAAAUCCGCAGGAAACAUCCCGCUGUCGCCUCUGGCUCACACCCCCUCCCCAACCACCUCCUCCCCCCCACCCCUCAGCGGGCACACAGUCGGGAGCUCCAACACCACCCAAACCUUUCCUGCUAAGUUGCACUCUUCGCCCCCCGUCUCCCGCCCUCGUCCCAAGAGCGCCGAGCCACCCAGGUCCCCCCUUCUGCAGCGGGUGCAGUCUGCAGAGAAGCUGGGAGCACCCAUUCUGCCUUCCUCCUCUUCGUCAUCGUCAUCGCCUUCUCCUUUGACGGGGGUGGUGUCGCUACGCAAGCACAGCCUGGAAGUGACUCACGGGGAGUACAGACGAGAGUCGUUCCACUGUGAGCACAGUCUGCAAAGUUUGCUGGAGAUCGAAGGCGAGAACGGACCCGCCCCCCCUUCUCCUUCCUCGUCUUCCUCCCCUUCUCCUCCACUGGGAAGCGAGAUCGGAAGCCUGAAGCCCGUUAGGAGGCUGGGGAGGCAGGAGUCGCCACUCAGCCGGGACACGCUCAUAACAACUAAAGACAAAGAUUCCCAAACCGCUGCGUCUGACAUCACCGGACCACAACCGGCGAGCACAGCGGCGUCCACUGCUGAGACGGACACGGGUAGAACUUCAGCCCAAAAUAAAUCUCGAGGCUCGUUGGAGGAAACAAAACUUAGCCCUGAAAUAAAACCACCAAACAUUUUAGGUUCUGAAGCAACAUUUUCUAAGAGUAAACCCAGUGAGAAAACCUCAACUACAAACACAUCAAGGAUCCUGCAGCAAGAAGACACCAAACAGACCGACAAUGGACCUGCAACCAGGGCUCAGGAGAAGACUGAGGAGAAGGACAAGUGCCCUAAAGGUUACACAAGGAAAUCAUCAGGGACGGAGCAGAACAAGCAGCCUAAAGGUCCAGAAACUGCAGAGAAGGGAACCAUCCGAGUGAGUGACAAAACAGCCGAUGCAACAAAGGUCAAAGGGCCUGCACCCCCAGUCCCAGCCCAAACUCAGCCUCCAAACAGAAACAGGGCGGAGAAGUCAACAAAUGGCUGCCGAGGGGUCAAGGAGGAGAAGGCGCACUUGGAGGUCCUGGAGGAGAGCCCCACAUCCCCGUCCCCCAGAGCCGCCUCGCCCUCCUCGGCCAAGUCACGCCCAAUUUCACCAGGAGACAAAGCCAGUUUCGUCACCCAGCUAACAAGUGUGGCCAAAACCGUGCUGGGGCCCAUGAAGGGGGGGACACAAGAGGCAGGCAAGGCGAAGGACGCCUCAAAGCCGAGCGAGGAGAAGAGAGGAAGCACAGCAGCAAAGGCGGAGACUUCGUCUGGCGGCGUCCGCCGGGGCGCCCCCUCCACCGCCGGGACCCCUCACUCUGACAGAGGAAACGGCCGCAGCUUCAAGCAUCACUCGUGAUGAGAAAAGCGAAACUCUCCCGCGUAAUGCCUUUUGCUGUAGCAUCACACUGACAUAUCAUGACUGAUCCUUCGAAAGCAGGGGAGACACCGAUGCCUGACACAAACACCAAAAAGACGCGCGACAACGUGCAGAUGAGAGGCUAGCUGAUGACAAAUGUGUGCACGUGAUGUCAUUACACUGAUCUGUUAUGUACGUUCAUCACAUCAUGCUGUGUGUAUGUAACAAAAGGAACGUCUUAAUGCAUGUCCGACAGCAGAACAAUAUACAGAAAAAAGGAACAUUGUACAGCAGACGCUGAAACAGAAAACACUGUGAACAACAUUGUAACUGAACUUUUCACUGUGGGUUAACUCUCAUACAUUUUUACUUCUUUUUAUCCCAAAAUGAGAUUCCAGACUACAACGGAUCCAGAUAAAUUGCUAAAGUCCCACUCCGAUCAUCUUUUGAUCCAUUUUCAUUGUGGGUUUUUUUUAUUAUCAUUAGCCAAAAUCAAAAAACUUUCUAGGACAUAAUUCCUUAGAAAUUCACCUCUGAGUUGUGGGCGGGGCUUGUUUCUAUGCCACAAAAGAGCUCUUUUUCAACACGUCUGCUCCUGAUUUACAACUAUUUGAAUAAAGAAAUACUCAGAUUAUGUCCGAAUUCCCUCCCUAAUCCCUAACUACUAAAAAACGACAUAGUUCCCUGAAUUCUAAAGGCAAUUCGGACACGAUGCUCACUACUUUUCUUUCAUUUUUCUAAACGCCAGAAAUGACGUCAUCAAUUUCAAAAAAUCGAAUCAAUACGAACAUUUCACAACAUUUAUUUGUUGCUCCACUGU